AUGGCGAUACGAAGUCGACGGCAGCGGACGAACGCUCUGGGCCGAAUCCCGCUCAGUGCCGGCGAGAUCGAGCUGUAUUCACGUGAGGACGAGAUGGCGCGUCGCCGAAGUCGUCUCUUGACAAUGCGUGACGAGGAGCGACGUCUCGCCCAGCAAGUGACGCAGCGCUAUCGCAACAAUCUGCAAAAACUGCAGCGCUGGAAGAGUCUACAGGUGCAAAACGAGGCAGAAUCUGCGCGAACGGAGUGGACUGAUACGCGUCACGAUGGACGGAAAGGGCGGACAGUUUGCGAUGCACGACGAGCUCUCAAGGACGAAUUGGCUGUGCAGAGUGCGCGGCGGCGACACGACAAGCAGAAGAAUGGGAACUGCCUGAUGCACAAUGGAAUGAGCUUGCGACCAGAGGUGAUCGACAUUUGUCUGGAGUCCAAACGCAUCGAAGUAGCGUCAACGACGGAAAAGAGCGAUUAG